GGUCGUAUAAUGCUGCCAUUCAACUUGGCAUCCGAAGAGGGACCAAUAUACGUAAAUGCCAAGCAAUACAAUGGAAUCAUUAGGCGUCGGCAAUCUCGUGCAAAGGCUGUGCUUGAGAAUAAAUUGACUAAAGUUCGAAAUGUACGUCCAUAUAUGCAUCACUCUCGCCAUCUUCAUGCAAUGCGCCGGCCAAGGGGAUCCGGAGGGCGGUUCCUGAAUACCCGAAGUUCGAGCUCCGAAAAAGAUGGCAUUGGGAAUAAGAAAGCCGCUCGAGGACUGAUUACCAACCCUACUGGUUCAUCUGAUAGUGGAACCAUGAACUCAUCCAAGGGACCAAAUGGAGCUGGCUCAACAUUUUCAGGGUCAUCAGAGGUCACCAGCAUGUACUCCAGGGGAGACCUCCACCAGUGUUUCCUUAUCAAUCAUCUUGGACUAUCGGGUCCAGACUCUCUCCCGUCGAUGAUCGUUGAUCAUCGAGGCACCAUUAUGAAAUUUUGACAUCAAUGGGGGGAUUCUUGUGGGAUUUGCUGCUAAGAUAUUGCACCAAAAAACCACUCCCCCCUGCAGCAACCAAGGGAAGAACUUGGGUUUGCAUUAUAGGGUUGUUUUGCAACACAGGCUUUGGUUGCUAGGCAAAUCAUUCUUGGCUCAAGUAAGCUCCUCUUUACCGCUGGUUGAAGAUGCUGAAACCUUCAUAUA